AUGGCGGCCACCACCUUUUGGGAAGAAAAUCGUCAGCGGGCUGAUCUGAAACCCAUGGGAAGUUCAAAACUACCUGCUAACCCAGGGUUCUUUUGUGUGUGUCUAGAUUUCCAGUGGGUUCAAGGGGACGUGUGUGAAGUCCAGCUGAUGGUGUACAACCCCAUGCUGUUUGAGCUUCGAGUGCAGAACAUGGGGCUGCUGACCAGUGGAGUGGAAUUCGAGUCGCGCCCUGCAGCGCUCUCCCUUCCGGCCGAGUCUGGUCUGUACCUGGUGACGCUCGUAGGGGUCCCACAGACGACUGGAACGAUCACCGUGAACGAUCGGCACACUCAUUGCAGCCUUCCUCUGGUGACGAGAUAUCUACCAACGUGUCUAUGCAGCUGUUCAACGGGGAGACUCAUCAACUCAUCGUCACCUUAG